AUGUGUGCAUCCAUCCCUCCGCUCAUCCCCCUCUGGCAGCAUCAGCACCACUUGCCUCCUCCGCCGCUGCCGCCACCACCGCUGCUGCUGCUCCCGCUGCUGGAUCCCCCCGUCUCCUGCCGGGAUCUGCCUCCUCCUUCUCUUCAGGGAGCUCUUCCUGGAACUGGGAGGGGGAGGGAGAUCACCACCUCCCAACUUGCUGCGGACCCUCGGCAAGGCAUCGGGAGCGGGGAAGGAAGGGGAGGGAAUUUCACGAGAGGUGCACGAGGAGAGCGGAGGAAAGGCAACACCCAGGGUUACAGGAGAAAAAAGGAAACGAGGAGCACAUUACACCCUGAUAGGCCUGAGCGGGAGCGGUGGCAACGGCGGCAACGGCGGCGGCGGCGGCCGGGGGUCCGGACGAGCAGCGCCAGCACGCGGGGGUCAGCGUCGCCAGGCCCAGUUUUCUCCUUUGCAGAGGAGCCAUUGAUGGAGCCUUGCCUCACGCUGCAGCGAGGUGUCUUCAAUCAAUGCAACUGCCCCACUUUCUCUAUAUGUGUAUGUGUCUGUUUGCCACUGGAGCCUGAAGGGAGGCUGCUGAUGGUGGCGGUGAUGGCCAUGGUGGAGGUGGUGGUGGUGGUGAUGAUGACGAUGCAAUGGCAGUGGCGCUGCUCACGUGAUUUCUGGCUUAGCACACCGUGUUUACUGAAAGACUCUCUUCGGUGACGGGUAUUCUUGGGUGGAUAAUACGGAUCACGUUGUUAUUGCUUAAGAAUACGCGUAGUCGAGGAGAGUCCUGUCUUCGCCCAACAUCAGCAACACCCCCCCAAGCCCCCGACACCCACCCACCUCCUCACCUCACCCCGACUACGCACCCAUCCACCCUACGGAGGACUGUCAGGUUGGGUGAAGCCACGCCCCCACCCUUUACAAAAAGAAAAAAAAACACUUCUUCUUUGACCUGUACUGCAUUGCAAUGUGUUUUUUUUUUUUGCCUGACCACUUCCUGUCUGCUGAGCCACAGUUCGAGGUUGACAGUGUCCUCACGUCUGUCCCACCAUGCAUCUGUCAGUCUGCCUCUGUCUCCAUGGCGUUGGACAGUGUGCGUGUGUGCGUGUGUGUGUGUGUGUGUGUGUGCGUGCGUGUGUUUGUGUCAGUGUGUGUCUGUCGGACAUGUUGCGUUGAAAUUGUCCAGUCUCCGAGGAAAAACUGGCUCUUUGUCUUGUCUGACAGCCACUUUCCUAUUAUGUAACUCUAUCUGCAUGAACGCUGUCUGUUACCAUGGUGUAAGGCCGCCGUGACAGCCUGCACGCUAACACGUACAUGCACAUCUACAGUGGGAGGGUCCAGCCUAGAUAUCGAUUCGCAGAAAUGUGAAGUCAACACAGACUUAGGCCCCAUAAACUAGGAGUGUGACUGGACUUAACCCUGAUAAACCAGCACAGCCUCCAUGUGCAGCGACCUGAAGAUGAACCAAAACUAAACAAAGCUUUAAAAAACAAACGAAAUAACGAAGAAUAUGCAUUGAUGGACUUAGUCCAUUUACUGACAGUCAUUUCAACAUGGCAGUGACCAUCCAGACUCUUUGAAAGCCCCUUGUUUAGGCCAUUGUGGCACAGUUUGCUGGUUUGCCCAAAUAGUGAAGUUUCUAAAAGUCAUUUUAGUUAUUUAGUUUAUUCAUAGAUCCAUUUACUAAACCUAGAAGUCUUAGUGUAGGGCCACUGGAACUCUAGGCCCAAUUUCAACAGCAAUGGUGGUCGAGUAAAACCCAUGGGAUACCAAGAACAACAAACAAACAAAAAGUAAGACAGAAAUAGAUGCAAUUUUAGCAGGCAGGAGAAAAUUUGACUCCUAUUUCAAAAAAUUACAAACCUUUUAGGAGUUAAUUAUAAAUUAUGAUUUAUAUUUCAUUAUUUCAUCAGAAAUCAACAAAUUAUUCAAUCUGAAUCUAAAACUAUCACAGAAUGACAAAAACACAGAUUCGAUUAUUAUAACGGCACGUGCACUAUUCUCAUUUCAAAAACUACUCAAACAAUGAACGCGCCAAAUAUUCUUCAGCCCAAACAAGCCUUUGAGUCAGCUGAUGUAACAGUGAUGCCUUCACUUGCAGAGCUUUACCUCAAAGUCAAAAGCGUAGCUUAGCAUCAAAGAAAAAUAGUUGAUUAAAUAUAUUAACAUGUUAUCAAAAUAGCUGCUGACCUCUAUGUCAAUACGAAAAAGUUGAAUUAAAUAUUUAUUUUCACAGUUUUAGGCCUGUGCACGAAACUGAGAACGGAUUCCUUUAACAACAUGAAAGCUCAAUUUUUUGUUGAAAUUAGCAAAUUGUUGGCAGUACUUUUGCUCUAGCAACACUGAUAAUUACUAGUGCCUAGUGUAUUUUUACUGCCGUUACUGUAUACAGUGGAACCCAUUGACGACAGGCCGAGCCGAGCCGAGCUUUCCCCUCCCUGGGCCCCUUUUUAUGCAAAUCAAUGCUCAAAUGACAUUUAUCGCAGUAAGGUUUACACCACAUGUAAUUCUGCUGCUGCUGCUGCUGCUGCUGCUGCUGAGCCUCGCACACACACGUAAGGCUGAGAAAACAAAAUGUCCACCACCAGCGGUCGACAACUCAAUUUAUGCAUUGAUGUGAGAGGCGUCUAGAUAAACAAUUACCCCCGGCUCAAAUGGUCUAUAACCGGCUUUUUCCGUGUUGUCGGGAGGGGCGCCGCUCCAUGAAUAUGGAUCCCCUCUCCAUGUCUGAUGGCACAUUCUGAACCUUAACACCCAUGUAAAAUCCAUUUAAACACCUAAUAGGAUCAACUUGACUCAUGCAGCCAUGUCCUCACAAAUGUCACCUCCCAUGAUCAUACGCUGGAGAUUUCCUCAUACUGUCAGGCUGGUGCAAAUCAUUUUUUCCACGCCUUUCUGUAGCUGCAGUGCCACAUCAAAUGAGCCUAUUUCUAUGCAGGUUAAGUUGUCAUGUUGAAUAUUCCCAGGCAGGAGUUAAUUUUAAAGUCAGCCACACAGUCGUUGAGACAUGAUUGUAAUUAUACAAAUCAUCCUCAGUCAUAACCAUUGCAGAUUAUUCAAAUAAUACAAUUAUAUGUUUAACACUCAGUUUAGCUGAUAAUUACAGUCCUUUUCCUCAUGGAAACAAACAAAGCGAGACACUAGGAUGUGUGGAGGAGGAUGUAAAAUAGAGCCUGUGUAUUUAUUUAUUUGGUUGUUUGUUUUUGGCCUAAUCAGAAAUAAAUAAGAGUCAUGCACACACACGCACACGCACACACACACACACAUACACACACGCACACACACGCACACACACACACACACACACACACACACACACACACACACACACACACGCACAAACCUUUCUCCACCUCGACUGUGGACGUCCUCUUGUUCUGUGCUUGCGUGCGUCUGGGUUGCUUGUUGCUGCUGCUGCUGCUGCUGGGCUGGCUGACAUCACUGUUGGCACGUGAUCCAGUCAUCUCGUAUCAUGUGAACACAUUAUACUCACCUCCACUGACACACUGGAAGCCAUCGAUUUACUUUCCAGCUCCAAAAAUCCGACUGAAUUUGCCCUUAACUCCAAACUCCAAAGCUUUAUUUUCCUCUGUUUUGACUUUUAACACACAGCUUUUAGAGUCGUAGUGAUGAAAUUCUCAGUUACAUAAAGGCUCGUCAGUGAUGAUGUGGUAUAAAGUGCUGUCUCGGUGUCAUUCUGUGUGUGCCAGCCUGUAUUUGGACAGUCUACUGCCUGUUUUCAAACUGUUGUGAAGCUCUGCCACGCUGUAAAACAAAUAGUUGACACGUAAUGUCGAACGCAGCGGACACUUUCCUUGAUGAUUUGAUGAAUUAAGCAUCGUGUCCUCUCAACUGUGAGGGUUGUAAUUGCUGCUUAUGGCAGCGCUGGGAUGUCUAAACUGCGGGUUAUCUAAUGUGAACACGUCUUUCUCUGCAGUCACAGAGCUGUUGUGGCUGUUCACUAAUGUAUGCUGCUCUGUACUAAUGGCAUGAUGCUGCUGCCGCUGCCGCCGCCGCCGCUGCUCCUGCUGCUGAUGAUGAUGCUGAUGAUGCUGAUGGUGAGGAUUGUUUUUUAAGCUAACCACGGGCGGACGCUUGCAUGCAUUUCAUUUUAACAGCGGCACUGAUGUGUGUUUCAUAUUUCUGUCGAUUUCAUGUAAAUGUUUAUAAAAAGGCUGUAAAUAUGAAUAAAUCCCUCUUUUGAAAUGUGAAAUAAAGCUUUGAUUAAAAUAAUAA